AUGUUGCGGGGAUACAAGCACAUUCUUGAGGAUUUUCUGGGUAUUGAAGGAGGUGCCGAUGGUGGUGCUGGAAUUGGAGGAGGUGCAGGUAGUGGUGGUCCUGCUGGAGGCGGCGUUGGAGGUGCUGAUGGAGGAGCUGGAGUUGGAGGAGGUGCAGGUGGUGGUGGUGCCGCUAGAGGUGGCGCUAGAGGAGGUAUAGGUGGUGGUGCUGGGCUGGAGCUAGUGUUGGAGGAGCAGGUGGUGGUGGUGGAGUUGGAGGCAGUGCAGGUGGUGGUGGUGGUGGUGCUGGAUGUGGCAUUGGAGGAGGUGCAGGGGGUGGAGCUGUGGGGUGCCGGAGGUGGAGCAGGUGGAGGUGUAGGAGGAGGAGCCCGAGGAGGCGUUGGCAGAGGUGCUGGAGGUGGGGCCGGUGGCGGAAAAAGGGAUGGAGCAGAUGGUGGCUUUGGGAAAGGUGGAGGUAUAGGAGGUGGUGCAGGUGGUGGUUUUGGGGCUGGAGGAGGUUUUGGUGGAGGGCAUGGGGGAUUUGGUAAGGGUGGAGGAGUUGGCGCGGGCGGUGGAUUCGGAAGCCGGACUAGUCCUAGAAUUGGACGUCGCAAAUUGUGUUCUCACUGA